AUGGGUUUUAUGCUGAAGCCUCCGCCAGACACUGCUGGUAAGGCAUGGCCUGCCAUUGUCAUCGGUCUCUUCGUCGCGUUUGGUGGUGUUCUCUUCGGAUAUGAUACAGGCACAAUCUCUGGCAUCAUUGCCAUGGACUAUUGGAAGAAGGAGUUCUCCACUGAGCCAGACCUCAGCAUCACAGCUGCGCAAGAUUCUCUGAUCGUGUCAAUUCUCUCAGCUGGUACCUUUUUCGGCGCUUUGACGGCUGCACCCUUCGGCGAUCUGCUUGGCCGACGUCUUGGAUUGAUGGUUUCAGCCGGCGCCGUUUUCAACCUUGGAGUUGUUCUACAAACAGCUGCAACAGCGCAGCCGCUAUUCAUUGCCGGUCGUUUCUUCGCCGGUUAUGGUGUCGGUCUCAUCUCAGCUUUGAUUCCCAUGUACCAGAGUGAGACUGCGCCAAAAUGGAUUCGAGGAACGAUUGUCGGAGCUUACCAGCUUGCUAUCACGAUUGGAUUGCUGCUCGCUGCCAUUGUGAACAAUUCAACCAAGGAUCGUCAAGAUUCUGGAUCGUACCGCAUUCCCAUCGCGGUACAAUUCCUCUGGUCUAUCAUUCUUGUUGGCGGACUUUUCUUUCUGCCCGAGACACCGAGAUAUCUCAUCAAGAUGGACAAAUACGAGCAGGCUGCAAGCAGUCUUGGCAAGCUUCGUCGCUUGCCAGUCGACCAUCCAGCUAUCGUUGAGGAAUUAAGCGAGGUUCAAGCGAACCAUCUCUACGAGAUGUCGUUGGGCAAGUCUACGUAUGCCGACUGCUUCAAGGGAACACUUGGCAAGCGUCUCGCGACUGGAUGUCUGCUCCAGGCGCUACAACAGCUUACUGACUACGGAACACAGUACUUCCAGAACGCUGGCUUCCGCGACCCCUUCAUCAUUCAGGUCAUCACCAACUGCGUCAAUGUCGCAUCUACAUUCCCCGGUCUCUACAUGGUCGAGCGCCUCGGACGACGUAACCUCCUUCUUCUCGGAGCGAUUGGCAUGUGUGUAUGCCAGUACAUCGUCGCUAUCACAGGAACAGUAGCUGGAACCUCCGAUCUUCCUGCUCAACGAGCUGCUAUCGCUUUCGUGUGCAUCUAUAUCUUCUUCUUCGCCAGCUCUUGGGGUCCUGUUGCUUGGGUCGUGACUGGAGAACUAUACCCCCUCAAGGCACGCGCCAAGUGUCUCUCGAUGACCACCGCGAGUAACUGGUUGCUCAACUGGGCGAUUGCCUACUCAACCCCCUACAUGGUCGACGAAGACCACGCCAACCUCCAAUCAAAGGUCUUCUUUGUCUGGGGCUCCUUCUGUUUCGUCUGCAUCGCUUUCGUGUGGUUCAUGAUCUAUGAGACCAAAGGUCUUACUCUCGAACAAGUCGACGAGCUCUACGGUAUCGUCGGCAAAGCGUGGAAGAGCAAGGAAUUCCGCCCUGCGGUUCAAUUCGCGGAGAUGGACCCUAAGACUGGGCGUAGUAUGAGUUUGAGCGAGGUGGCGCAGAACCAGGAGAGGAAGAGGAGCGUGCAACACGAUGAGGCAGUUGUCCCGCCCAAGGUUGAGACAUAG